AUGUCCAUGAGCUGGCGUGGUGCUGGCGUGGCCCUGAACACAGAUACCUACUGCAUCUCAGACAUGCGGAGAGAACCUGCCUCGUCUAUGUGGACGCCAAUCACGUGUCACCCACACGUGUACAAAUGUGACCGCUGUGUCUAUACUAUCCUCAUGUGCACGGGUGCCCUCACCCCCUCAGCCAUCACCACCCUGUCCGCACCACCGCUGUCCUGCAUACAGGCACUUGUACCCUGGGCCCUGGCCCUCUGGGCCGCAAGCGUGACAGAGAACAGAAAAACCACGCUGAUCAAGGCCCUGACGGGUGAUAACACCAUCCGGCCCCAGGAUCGGCUGUUUGCGACACUGGACGUCACGGCCCACGCGGGGUGGCUGCCCUCCCGCGUGGCUGUCAUCUACAUGGACACCAUCAGCUUCCUCUCCCAGCUGCCCCACAGCCUGAUCGAGUCCUUCUCUGCCACCCUGGAAGAUGUGGCUCAUUCAGAUCUGGUCGUGCACGUGAGAGACGUGAGCCGCCCCGAGACGGAGCUGCAGAAAGCCAGCGUCCCGGCCGCCCUGCGGGGCCUGCGCCUGCCCGCCUCGCUGCUGGACUCCGUGCUGGAAAUUCAUAACAAGGUCGACCUGGUGCCCGGGUACAGCCCGGCAGGAUCCCAGGCCGUGGCCAUGUCCGCCCUCCUGGGACACGGGCUCCCGGAGCUGAGAGCCCAGCUGGAGGACGCUGUCCUGAGAGCCACAGGGAGACAGGUCCUCAUGCUCCGAGUCCGGCUGGCGGGGGCACAGCUGAGCUGGCUGCACCAGGAGGCGACAGUGCAGGACGUGGACCUGAUCCCUGAUGCAGGGGCGGCCAAUGUCAGGGUCGUCAUCAGCAGCUCUGCCUACAGCAAGUUCCAGAAGCUCUUCCUGGAGUCAGCCAGCCAGCCUGGUCCACUGUGCCGCGAGCAGCUGGGCCCUGAGAACAUGCCCAUGUGCUGGGAGGCAGGCAGUCACCCCAAGAAGGGGGCCCGGGCACGGCCGACCCCCGAGGUGCCCACACCCCGAUUCUGA